GAGAAAGCAAGAGGGAAAGUGGAUACUGUGGGGAGAGGAACUGUCAGCCUGGGUGGCCAUUGCGCAGUGGGUCAAGCAAUGAGGUCAGAGGACAACCAAUGACCACAAGAACUGGCCACAUGACCCAAGUCAUCCUCACUGCAGUAGGGAGCCUGGAAAGCUUCUAGGUAGGGCGGGGUGCGGUGAGUGGAGUAGUUAGGGUAGGGUGAAGAUGGAGAGCCCGCAGGGGCGGGAUUCUUCAAUAGCGGAGGCCAGAGCGGAAGGACUGGGCCAGAGUGCCUGGUGAGCGGCAGAGACCUACUCUGGGCUCCAACCUGUGGAGUCCUAAUCAGGGUCAAAGUGCACAUUGUGUUGCCUCUUUCAGGAAGCCCUCCUGACAUUCCCCCAGCUUAGUUUUAGGAUUGGGCUGUGAGAGGCCAGAUGCGCAGUGGUUCUGGAGAGCCCCGCAUCAGUUGAGCUGACUUUCCCAUGAGUCUCUAGUUUAUCCCCUUAGGCUCCCAAGCACUUUCUUUUACUUUUUUAAAUAAUAAAUUUAUUGUCUUCAUUUUAAAGAAACGGAAUGCCAUGACUGGGAAUUUUGAAAUCAGAGAAACAAAGACAAAACCCCAUGCAUCUGAGGCUAGCACCUCCCCUUCAUGCAGCUGAGGCUAGCCCCGCCCUCUGGGCUCUUCGGCCCCCCUCCGUGGGCGUGGUUCCCUGCAGCCUCCUUAUAAUCAGAGGCCCUGCUGUCUAGAUCCGGCUCCUCCCACUUCCCCAUCCCUACCCUCCCACUCCCACCCCAAUUGGCUUUGUUGAAAGUCUGUUCCCAUGUGGGACUGGGGGAUCUCAGUUUUAAUGUCUGUGGUGUGGCUUGGGGAGGGCAGAGCCUAAAUUCGUUGAACUGACAAUCCUCACUUCUUCACCCUAGCAGCUGUGCCCCCCACUACCUACAACCCACCAUGGGCUGUGUGUCCUCUGUGUCCCCUGGUCCAAGUCUGUGCUUUCCCCAUGCGGCAGAGCCUGGUACUUAGUGUGCCCUUCCCUCUGGAGUUUGCUAAACUGGCUUCAGAGGCUUUCUGGGAAAAGGUGACAGAGGGACCUGCUUUGAAAUCUGUACUGAGCUCCGUAGCCUCAGCCGUUGCCUAGCCUGUCUGGACCUCAGUUUCUUCAUCUGUACUAUGGGUCUGUUAUUGCAGUAAUGGCUGUAAAUAUCCUGCUACAGUCCUCAGCCUAUUGUAGGUGGCCCACCUUGGGUAGGAUGCUGGCCCAGGUGAGAUCCCAGAUUCCAGCCUACCUGGGAAGAGCUUAUAGAUUCUCUAGCCACUGUGUAAGAACCACGCCAGAAUGCAUGUGUCCCUUUAGGGUUGGGACAGGGCUGGGUGGCACCUCACUCCCUCACUCACUUGCUGUGUGACCGAGCAAGUUGAUUGAUGUCUAUGAGCUACGCUUCUGUCAAGUGCUCAUUCCACAAAGUCACUGGGAAGAGUCAAUAACUCGAAUCAUAAUCUGUUCAGCACAUUGGUGUUUAAAUCAACCGUAGCUGUCAUUUUAUUAUUAUUGUUAUUGUUAUUCCCAUAUACAAGGUGCCGUUGGGAACACAGAGGAAGUGACUGACUGGGGGUUCAGGGAAAGCUCCGUAGAAGAGGGAACACUUGAGCUGGGUCUUGAAGGAUGAGUAGAAGUUCACCAAGUGGGAAAGGACCCUCUAGGAUGGCCGAACCUCGAUUUAACAACCCAUACUUCUGGCCCCCUCCUCCCACCAUGCCCAGCCAGCUGGACAACCUGGUCCUGAUUAACAAGAUCAAAGAGCAGCUGAUGGCGGAGAAAAUCCGGCCGCCUCACCUGCCACCCACCUCAGCCUCGUCACAGCAGCCACUGCUAGUGCCCCCCGCGCCCGCCGAGAGCAGUCAGGCGGUCAUGUCGCUGCCCAAGCUGCAGCAGGUGCCCGGGCUACACCCGCAGUCCGUGCCGCAGCCCGACGUGGCGCUGCACGCGAGGCCGGCCACCAGCACUGUCACAGGUCUGGGGCUUUCCUCUCGGACCCCCGCUGUGAGUACAUCCGAGUCAACCCCAGGCACGGGCACAGGCACCAGUACCCCAUCCACACCCACCACCACCAGCCAGAGCCGCCUCAUCGCCUCAUCCCCCACCCUCAUCUCAGGGAUCACCAGCCCCCCCCUCCUGGACUCCAUCAAGACAAUCCAGGGCCACGGCCUGCUUGGCCCCCCCAAGUCUGAACGCGGCCGCAAAAAGAUCAAGGCAGAGAACCCAGGGGGUCCCCCUGUCCUUGUUGUCCCCUACCCCAUCCUGGCCUCCGGUGAGACCGCCAAGGAGGGCAAGACAUACAGGUGUAAGGUAUGCCCGCUCACCUUUUUCACCAAGUCUGAGAUGCAGAUCCACUCCAAGUCGCACACCGAGGCCAAGCCCCACAAGUGCCCACACUGCUCCAAGUCCUUUGCCAAUGCCUCCUACCUGGCCCAGCAUCUGCGCAUCCACCUGGGCGUCAAGCCCUACCACUGCUCCUACUGUGACAAGUCCUUCCGGCAGCUCUCCCACCUCCAGCAGCACACCAGAAUCCACACAGGCGACAGACCCUACAAGUGCCCACAUCCUGGCUGCGAAAAGGCUUUCACUCAACUCUCCAACCUCCAGUCUCACCAGCGUCAGCACAAUAAGGACAAGCCCUACAAAUGUCCCAACUGCUACCGGGCCUACUCAGACUCCGCCUCCCUCCAGAUCCACCUCUCCGCCCAUGCCAUCAAGCACGCCAAGGCCUACUGCUGCAGCAUGUGCGGGCGGGCCUACACCUCGGAGACCUACCUGAUGAAGCACAUGUCCAAACACACAGUGGUGGAACACCUGGUGAGCCAUCACUCACCCCAGAGGACCGAGUCCCCCGGCAUCCCGGUGCGAAUCUCUCUGAUCUGAGCCCACCUGCGGUGCCGCCCCGCCCACUUGGCAGCACCCAGCCUAACCCCCGCUGGGGCCUCCAGGAACCACCAAGCUCUCUCACGACCUACCCAACCUGCCAGAAAGCUUGGUCCACAGAAGCCCUGCCUGAUCCGGCUCCUGGGCAGCCAGGCCAACUGCAAGAUUUUGGGCUGUUCUGGUGGCAUCCAAAGACGAUCUCAGAGCACUUUGAACCUGUCUGUCGGGUUUUCUUUUUUUUUGUUCCCCCUCCCUCACUUGCUUCACUGUCUCUUGUUUUUUUUUUUUUUUUUUUUUUAAGUUUGUUUUGGAAAUAACAAAAGGAUAUUUAUUGUCCAGAAUGUUGGUGCUGCUAAGAACGAGAGAUUCAAAGGACUGGACGGACGGAUACAGAGAGAACCAGAGGGCAGCGUGGGAACUUCUCUGACCACAACCUCAGGUCUUGAGGGGAGGCCUGGGGUUCUGGACUUCAAAGGGGACUCCCUCCCUCAGGUGGGAAGAGACAGGAGGCAGCUGGAGUGAGCCCUUCGCCCCUGUCACCCAGUCAAACUGUCUGAGCUUAGCCCUAGCCCUUGUGAGCAGCGGGUACAGCAGCUGCCAGGCCUGCCUGGCUUUAGGGGAUGGAAAAUGAGAGAGGUCUGGAGAGCUGCGGGACCAAAGGGUGCAGUGACGGCUGGGUGGCGAGCCCAGGGAAUGGGCUGGGGGUGUGCCAGGUGAGACCUGGCCCCUCCCCUGCUGCCCUGAAGACCACCCCAGUCUACCUCGGUGCUGGCCAGGAAACCUAUCGGCUACCUCUCCCACCACUCCAGACUGUGGGCAGGGGGAUGGAGAGGGAGGGGGCCUGGGACUAAGUGCCCUUCCCAGAAUUUCCUCCAGAAGGGUACAGUGCCCAGGGAGGGGUUGUCCUUCUCUCCACGGAUGAGACGGGGACUCCCCCAACCCAGACCCCAGGCCCUGCGGCAGGGAUAGGAGCCUCUGAAGGAGGCCCCAGGAGCAGACCCUGCCCCCAGCCCCCCAAGACAUAUCCCAAUCCGAAAGCCAUGCGUGUCCGUGUAUAUAGGAACUAUGUACAGAACCCAGAGAAGCCCCCUUCCACAUCACCCCCAGAGAAGAAAACUAGACAAAACUCAUCUAUAUAUUCUGUAUCUGGAGUCCGUUUGAAUAUUAACUGUGUUAUUUUUAUACACUUUUUAAGCCUUAACUCGCCAUUGAUUUACCAGUUUAACGUUUCCUGGGGUUUCUUUUCCACUGGGAGGGGUCUCAGCCCCCCACCCACCCCAACCCCUUCGUUUGACUUGCGUCGUCUGAUACUCAGUAUUGUAGCUUUCGUCCGCAUGUUACUACCCUGUAAAUAUGCUGUUCCAAUACCGUUGGCAUCCUUUGCUUUUUUCUAUGGGACCUCCAGGCCACCAUAUUUAGAAAUAGUUACCUUAUUAAAAAAGAGAAAACAGUC